CGCCCCAAGGGUGUGGUUUUUUUCGGGCGCGCUUUACUAGGAACGCAGAGGCUGCGAAAAGGACAAGGCGGACAGGAAGGUGAGGUUGUUAUGGCAUGUGUGCCCAGCACCUCAUCCGGUCUCAACGUGUGCCGCUAAUAAAGGCCCUAUCUGAGGGUUCAGUGGACAGCUUCGAGAGUGUGCUGGACCACCUGCUGGCCUGGCAGAUUGUUUGUGGUGAGGAAUAUGAAAGCCUGAGCACAACUACACGCAGUCUGUGUGCUUCUUCCCGGGAUCUACUUGAUCUUGUUGAAUCGAAGGGAGAGCCGGCCUGCCGUUCACUACUGACAGCUCUAGGACAAGUCCUUCCAUGCACCCAGAGAAGGGAACUGCUGCUGGAGAACUUCAAAGACCUUCUGCCAGAGGAGUAUGUGCCCUCCUCAGCAACAGAGACUGUGCAGAGACAACGGCCACAGAUGGUACGCAUGCUGCAUGGGCACAUUGCAGCUAUCCUGCAAAUGCUGUUAGAGUGUGGUACCUUUACCCACUUUGAGACUGAAGAAGUUCAGCUGCCCAUAUACACCUCAUCACAACAGGCAAGAAGAUUGCUGAACCUUGUCAAAGGGAAAGGAGAAGAGGCUGCCCAGCUGCUGCUGAAGAAAAUCCAAGAGAUACAAGCAAGUCCUUCUGCUGAAGAGGCACAUGGGAACGCAGAAGAAGAAAAAUAUGCUGCUUGUCUCAACUUCCAGAGAAAGCUGCGCUCCACCCUUGCUGCCCAGUGCCGCUUCUUUAGCACCUACGACCGGAGUGAUAAUGUCUGCCUAGAGAACAUAUACACAGAUGGCAUACUGGAAGUACGUAAUGAACUUCAGAAUUCUCCCCUUGGACUGUUGGACCUCCUGAGUAAGAAAGGAACGGUGAACGCGGAUGCUGACCUGGUGCUGCUGGUGGGGGAGGCGGGCAGUGGGAAGAGCACCCUUUUGCAGCGAGUGCACUUGCUGUGGGCCUCGGGCAGUGCCUUUCAGGACUGGGCACUGAUGCUGCCCUUCAGCUGCAGGCAGCUUAACCUGCUGGAGAGAAAGCUUUCCCUGCGCUCUCUCAUCUUUGAGCAGUGUUGCUGGCCAGAUGGAAACCAGGAGGAAGUUUUCCAGUUCAUUGUCAGCCACCCUGAGAGGACCAUCCUGACCUUUGAUGGAUUUGAUGAGUUCAAGUUCCACUUUGCUGAUGAUGAACGCCAUUGCUCCCCCCUGGAACCAGCUAAGAUCCAGACUAUUGUCUUCAAUUUGCUGCAGGGCAAUCUAAUGAAGAGUGCACAAAAGAUAGUAAGCAGUCGCCCGCAGGCUGUCAGCCCUAGCCUGAGGAGGUAUGUCCGCAAGGAGGUCUGUCUCCGAGGCUUCUCCCCAGAGGGUGUGGAGGUGUUCAUCAGGAAACAGCAUUGUGAUGAUAGGGUGGCAGCUGAUGUAAUCGAGUCACUGAAGAGUAACCCACCCCUUUACGGCCUCUGCCAUGUCCCCGUGUUUUGCUGGAUAGUAUCCAAGUGCCACAAAGAGCUGCUGGGCCAUGGACAUGGCACCCCAAGCACCGUCACAGACGUUUACUUGAUGAUCUUGCAACACUUCCUCAGGCAUGCAGCCCAAAAGGACACGGAGAUCGACAGCUGGCUGCAAGGGUGCCUGGGGUCAGUCCUCCGCCUGGGAAAGAUUGCAUUGGAUGGCGUCCUCGCUUCCUGUUAUGCUUUCUCUUGGUUGGACCUGCAGCAGAGCGGGGUGACUGAAGAUGACAUGUCCAUGGGGUUUCUCGUGCAGAGUAAGGUCCCGUACUCGCCCACUGCAUGCAGGUUUGAGUUCCUUCACAUUACCCUCCAGUGCUUCUUUGCCGCACUCUGCCUCGUGGCAGAUGAUGAAGGUGUUGCUCAGUCUAUGUUUGUGACAUUUUUUCGGACAAGUAGCAGAAAAAAAAAACAUUCAGGUAGCUGUGGGUCAUGUCUGGAUCUCUUCUUCCAGUCGUCCGCUCACACAGAACAACAGGAGGAGGAGAGUACCAGCCAGCAGAUCACUGCCAGCUUUGUGGCUGGACUGUUGUCUCAGCGGCACACUGCCACAUUACAGGAGAUGGGCAAAAUGGCCCAGCUAGGUUGGAAAUGUGGCCAGGUGAAGAAGCUCCUGUUGAAAGGUAUGCAGAAGCAUUUCAGAUCCAUCCCACCUCCGGUGCCAGGAGAGAAGAAGAGCAUGCAUGCCAUGCCAGAGUUUGUCUGGCUGGUCAAGUGCAUCUAUGAAAUGCAAGACAGUGACUUGGCAAGGGAUGCGGUGUGCAGCGUGGAGGUAGAGCACUUCAAGCUGAUCUAUUGUGGCAUUGGACCAGCUGAGUGCACAGCUCUGGCCUUUGUGCUGAAGCACUUGAAGAACCCAAUUGGCCUUCAGCUGGACUUCAACUCUGUGGGAGACGUAGGAGUUGAACAACUCCUGCCCUGUCUAGACAUCUGCAAAGCCAUCUACCUUCGCAACAAUGGCAUUUCUGACAAAGGUGUCUGCAUUCUUAUCAACAAAGGACUACAGUGCCAGAGCAUGCAGAAGAUCGCGCUCUUUAAUAACAACUUAACAGACGAAUGCACCGUGCACUUUGCAGAGUUGCUCAAGAAGAAGCAGAACUUUUUAUCCUUGAGGCUUGGUAACAACUACAUCACAGAAAAAGGUGCUGUACACUUGGCUGAGGGUCUCCGGCACAGCACCUCUUUGCAGUACUUGGGGCUGUGGGGUAACAAAGUUGGGGACCAAGGCGCUGAAGAAUUGGCAAGGGCUCUGCAGGAUAGUAGCAGCCUGGUGUGGCUGAGCCUUGUGGACAACGACAUUGGCAGCAUGGGAGCACAGGCCCUGGCAGUUAUGAUUGAAAAGAACAAGUCUCUGGAGGAAAUCUGGCUGACAAAUAACAAAAUCACAAGAGAAGGUGUACAGGCCAUCCUGUCAGCACUGGAAAAGAACAAGAAAAUCAAGUCCGUUUGGUUGAGAGGAAACAAACUGACACCAGAAGAGGUUGUGGAGAUUGGUCAUCUGGAGGAAAGACUAACCCUCUGAAGCCCUUCACAAUGUCAGUCGACGGUUUGGACAUUGUAACAAACUACUAGAUAUGAAAUGGACUGCAAAAGAUUUCAGCAUGUGAUAUUUGUAAAUAAAUAGUUUAUGCGUAUAAACCGACAG